UCCUUCGCCAGCAUAACCCGUCAACAGCGACAACCGCCGCCUUCCCAAUCCAGAUGGUCACACACUCCCGCUUCCUCCCCAUUCCUUUUCCUCCCACUCCAAUUCCAAUUCCCGUGUCGUCACGACUGCGCUAGAGCCGGUGCCCCCUCCAUCGCUCACUUCCUCCGCUAGGUCCCUGCCUGGGCCGACGGCACGAAGGUGCUUGGCAUGCGCAAGCGCCGCCCGCUUUACAUGCCCCACGACUGUCGCGCCCGGCGAAGCUUACGCUGCCACCUCCUCUCCAGCCUGUCCUCCCGCGUCAUCCUCUCCAUUAUCCCCCCUGCCUGCCGUGCCGGCUCAUCGCGCCCGCCCUCGCACUGCUUCUCGUCUUCAGGAUCGAGGCCUCCUGCUCGGGUGUUGAUGAGGGGAGGAAGGUCUAAGUGAGGGUCAUUGAUGGCGCCGGCGAGCUCGCCGAGAUGGUGAUGUCGGCCAGGGGAAGGGAGGCCGAGGCGGGGUUCAAGCGGUCCCUGUUGAAUUACAUUAUGGCGUUUCCCGUGGUUCUCAAGUCAGUUAAUGUGGUAGCUAUCAAGAGGAUUAAUUGCCAAACUUUCCCAUCAAUUAGGAUGAUGCUGAUUUGUUAUUUAUUUUGUUCCCUAAGUGACGUCUGCCUUACCCGCAUAUCUUAUGAAUAAGGUGAUCAAGCUUAUGGAUAUGCUGCGAUGGAUCUGCCAAUGCAGUUCUUGAGCAAAGGCGAGGAAGAAUAGGACACUGCUUUUGUGGAAUUUAUAGAAAGUGAUGUAGAAGAAGCAGUGUGUUCUAUGCAAAUUAUCUAAAGAAUGUGGUUGGUAGGUUAGUGUGCUUAUUGAAGAACCGAUACAUGCACUUGGUGGUUUAUGCAAACAUCUUCAUAAUAGCAUCCAAGAAGCAAUAGCAAUAGAGAAUUCAGUUAAUGCGGACUUCUUAUCAAGAUGAAGGGCCAUCCUGAUGAAUGGGUGGCCUAAUUCCAAGGAUGAGCAUGGCUGAGGGCAGGAACAAUGUUGGACGAUUCAAAAUUAUUUAGGUCAAUCAUGGCACCAUGCCAAAGAAAUUGCACCAACCAAAGACACGUCGUAGCUGCUAUUGGGCACCCCUUGCAACAAACAAUAAUUGGUAGCUUCUUGAGUUAGCGCUUGGGCAUCUAAAGAUGAAAAGACUGGUCUCUGAGCCAGGCUUUAUGUAAAGCUUCACCAGUGGUGCCCUGAGUCGUGGGAGCUACCUUUACCAAAACCUAGUAGUGAGAUAAAGGAAAAGGUCCACUGACUUGAUCAGCACUGCCAUAUAUUACUGUGGAUAAAGGAACGUGUAGCUGCAUUUUGAUCAAUCUGUACACUACAACAUGCUAACUGACCUUUAAGACUGGUCCCUCAUACACACACAUCCUUGCAAAGUUUCUAGGCAACAAUUUAAUGCCAAAAACUUGGAUAUGAAUGUUGGACUUGUCAAAGAAUGAUUGGCAUGUAAAAACUCUUACCCUGAGAGAGUGACGCACAAAUUUGUGUGGACAUUGUUAUCCCAUCAAGAACAGCUCCGCAAAUAGUGAUUACAUGAUUGAACUGGGAAACAAAGAUGUUGAUUGGCAUUGGAUACGGGAAUUGGAUCUUGAAUAAUGUACAUCUUAAGUGACAGUUGGGGAAGGGGCCAAAUGUAUCCUGUAAAAGUGGCUUUGGAUCUUUUCUAGUUUGCAGAGUGAUGAGAGAUGAAGAUGUGUACUGCGAAAGCCAAAAUGCAUUCUGAUGCUGUUGAUGUCCGUGAUAUGAAUUCUUAGAAGGGCAAGGGAUCAAAUGCAGUAUUGCUCUAAUAAAAAGAAACAUUAUGUAACAGGAAAGGAGGCAUUUUUGUGACUUGGAAGAAGUCUUAUCAAAAGAAGUUCAUUAAGAGUAAAAGGAAAAGAGAAGUUGGAGAAGGGGACGACACGUCCCCAUCAAUGCAUCUUUUACGUAGCAGCCUUUUCCUCACUUUAGGCUUCGGGUGAGACAUGAACAGCUCCGUAUCCACAUGCGCGUGAUGUGAGCAAGAGACCGUAACCUCACAACGAAUCUAUCGUCUAUGAGCACGGCGUUCGCUUGGAUACGGACAGCGAUCGGCACCCUUUCAACAUUGCAUAUCUUCCCUCGCCUUCUUGUUUGACUUCUGAUCCAAUAUUUCCCUCCCCCCCUCUCUUCUCGAUAGCUACUAGACACCAGCUGAAUCCACUUAGAUUAGACUGGGAUUAGGUAUGGGUUUUAUGACAUUAGAUGAGGGAGAAUUCAGGAUGGACAUAUGUUUAUUGGGCUAAUUAUGUAUGCUGUAAAAGAACAAUCUUGAUGUAUGAAAUUGGGAUGACGAAAUUUUGAGGAGUUUGAGCAAUAUUUUGCCUAAUUUUCAUACACGAGAGUUUAGCUAUCUACCUGGGAGGGGGACCAAAUCCUACCUCUCUUCCUCUUCAAUUAGCUAUCCACGCUGCUGCUUUAAUAAGCUGUAAGGUGAGAACUGGACGACGAGAGCUCCAGCAUCAAACUUCUGCACUUUGGGCGCCCGGCAUUGCUCCGUGUCAGUGCAAUCGCACAGUCAUCGGCGUAGUUUUUCCUCCCUUUCGCUGCGGUCUCUCUUCGAGCGAGCAGAGGUGAUAAGCGUAGGGACAGUUCUUGAUAGCAUCGUUGCUAUUCCCGGGAUGGAUUUUUUAUUGAUCAAUGACAAUUCUCUCUGUUUGGGGAUUUGCCGUUCAACCACGGUUUGCUGCUUUUAUUCUCUUCCUUUAGUCGAGAUGAUAUGAGAAGAUCCAGUUGUCUCCAUGAGUCUUUAUUGCUUUGAUUUGCUAUCAUGUGGGUUUCUUCGUUUCAAUGUGUCAUCUAUUUCCUGGGUUUCUUUCUCAUUUAUAUUGCGGCUUAACCACGAGUGAACCUCUCCUCUCGCGUUAUUGGUUCGUCAGCCAUUUGCUGGUGCUCGUUGGUUCUUCUCUCUGCAUAAGUGGGUAUUGCUUUCUUCCUUGCGUCUAAUUUCCAAUAUUCAAAUUAAUUUCUGUUUAAUACAUUGGCAUCUAUUAAUUAUGACAUUUUUCGAAAGAAAUUUUAAAGAUGUAGGUAACUUUUUAAAGAAUAUUUUGAUACAUAUUUCUAAAAAUAUGUAAUGCCAGGGAAACAAAGAGUGGUCUAUAAUGGAUGUUUCAGCAGAUUCUAGUUGAAAAGAUAUGUUUGAUUGCUGGCUCUUGGUUGAAAUAUAAGUUAUAUUUCACUUAAUAGUUUAAAUACAUGUUUUAUGAUGUUAGUCUCAUGGUUCAUUAGAAUAUUUAUGAUUUCCUUUUCACUAAUGAACUGCAAUAAUAUAUGACAGAUGAAGUCUUGUGAGAGGAAAUACAAAGCUGAUUUCAUAGUAAUAAUGAGAAAUUUUCAGGAACCACGAGUAUCAAAGUCAUCUUCCUGGUUUUGAUAAGUAACUAGUGAAUAUAAUUUAUAUGCUACUUGCAAAGAUUACAUUGCAGGAACUCUAAUUCCUUGAUGAUGCAACAAUCUGUGGCAAAUGUAAUAUAUUAUUUCCUCAUUUUCAGAAAACAUGAUAAUGGAACUUAGGUUCUAAUCCAUAUAACUUGUUACUUCCUCUGCAAUUUUGGUCUUUCCAUAAAUCAUUGCUCAUUUAUUUCCUUGUUCCUGUUGUCCUUUGUCCAAUAUGCUACUGGCCUUACGUACUACAUUAUGAAGCUUCCUCAGAUCUCGUGUACCUCUUUCUAUGCUUGUCAACAAUGACUGCAAUUAUGAAUUCACAACAGAAACACUACCAUCUGUGAUUUCGUACGAUAUUAGUGGACAGGCUUGUUCUCUUCUUCAUCUUGAUAAUUAUGAACUCUAGGUGGCUAUAAGCUCUAAUCAUGGCUCCUAGGCAAUCUGGUAUUCUAACACACCCCUCAUGGGCCUGAAGGUUUUUUUUUCUAUAUUCAUGGGGCAACAUGUACUUUUGGAUCUGAAAACUCUUUUAAAGAAAGAACAAGGGCCAAGGCCUAAAAAUGUUCGUACAUCUGUUUUCAGCAGUACAAAUCCAGAUGAGAUUGUAAUUUGAAAAUUGACAACAGAUGCUGCAGCCCGGGAAGCUUGGUAGGUGACUCAAGAAAACUGAGCUGCAGUUAUUCUUCAGGUCUGUAUUGUGGAAACAUGCCUUCUGAAACUUAUGAAGAUGCUAGAGACAGUGACAUGCUAAAGAGAGGUUCCAUGUAUCUGAGCUCAAAAGAAGUAUGGAGAAUGAGAGAAGUAAGAGAAGGAAGGAUCAAACAGGAAUCAGCCUGCAGUGAUGAUGCUUUUAUUUCAUUUGAAAUUGCCAAUUCCUUGCCUCAGUUUUGCUCCAAGGAAGUUGCUUUAUCUUCUCAACAUAGAUAUUCACUUGCUGCUUCUUUAAAUGGUGAGUCAAAGCUGUUAACUACUGACACCAGACACUCGAUUACGAUAAGAUCCAUAGAUUUUCUGGAUCUUUCCUUGCACGAUCUCACUGACAAACAUUCAAGUGAGAAUAUCUCGUGCUCUGAUUUGGUCUCAUUAGAAAGGUCAGUAGAUGAUCUCUUGGGGAUCUGCUUGCAUACUGAUGGUAUGGAGUCUCAUACAAAAGCAGCUCCAGUAUUGUUUGAGGCAGGAUAUCUCGAGGAACAAGUGUCUGAGUGCAACAGCCAUCCAUCAAGUUUCCCGCCCAAGUCCAUGGCAAAGGCAGGCAAGUCGAAAGCACCUUUUCAGUCACAAUAUAGUUAUUGUGAUGGCAGUCCAAAAACUAAGUUUAAUGCACUUAAGAGGUUGUUUGAUCCAGUCAUGAAAUCCAAAUCUCUGCACAAUUCGUGGAGUGUAGAAUCAGAGAACACUUCAUGCACAGAUAUGGAUCCUGCAAAAAUCAGGAACAAUGGAGUUUUGGACAAAUCUAUAGUCAAUGACUACUCAAAAGCAAUGCGAGAGGUGGAGUCUGACGCAGAGCUGAGAGGAGAGAAAGUAUUGACUUCUUUUUCACUGCCUUCUCACUUACAUGGAAUUCUUAAACUGGAAACUAAUAGUGGCAAUCCAUCAUUUGAAUUCCAUGUAAAAGAUCCAGAAGUUGUUCUUUCAGCAAAGGCGUGGAGAACAGAUAAUAUGUUUAAUUGGGUUUACACGAUCCAUAGCUCUAAAAAGAGGAACUAUAACACAUGGAGUAGGAAAAUAGACAAGCAUGGGCAAUCACCACCUAUAGUUGGCCAGAUGCAGGUUUCAUGUUGUCUUUGCUCAGAAAUGAUAGAAAAUGGGCCUGCAGCAAACUCUUCUGUCACAGAAUUUAUUUUAUACGACAUUGUGCAGGCAAAAAGGAGUUUUUCUGUUGAAGAAAGUUCUGAGUGUUCCUUAGAUGCCACUUGUCCUCUUCAAAGAAAUGUCAUGGACAAGUUAGUCACAGAGGAAACCUUAAUGCCAAACAAUUUAAUGAAAUGUCAACAUCCUAUCAGGUAUACUCUUAGUCGUUAUGAGUCAGACGACUCCACUCCGAACCCAUGGUUGCCAGCAGACCUGCAUCCAGAACUUGAGAUUGCAGCUAUUGUGAUUCAAACUCCUUUUACAAAGAAAGAGUGUUCAGAAGAAAUGAAGGAGGUCGGCCCGGAAGGACUAUGCAACGGCCUGAAUUCUGCAAUUGUGAAUGUCAUUACUCCAAGCGGGAGGCAUGGUUUGCCAAAUGUUGAUGCAGGAUGCCCAUCAACAUUACUAGAUAGAUGGAGGUUUGGUGGAGGGUGUGACUGUGGUGGGUGGGACAUGGGCUGUCCCCUUGAAGUAUUUCACAAUACCUAUGCUGAUGAUUGGGUGUAUAAUUCAUCGAUGGACACUCAAAAGUCCAUUUUGCUCUUUGGUCAGGGAAGUAAAGAAAAGGCGCCUGCACUCUCGAUAACGGCUGAUGGACGACAGUAUUUAGUUGAUUUCCAUGCAAAAUUUUCAUCUCUACAGGCGUUCUCCAUCUGUAUUGCUAUCUUGCAUGGUUCUGAAGCUUCUGCAGCUGUUACUCAGGAGAACAGGCAAACAUUGCAAUCUAAUUCAUUGAAAAUUCUCUUUGAGGAGGAAGUUAGGCAUUUGAUCGGGGGAAUCACAGUUGAAGAGAAAAGAAAAGUUAAAAAUGGAGUAGAACAGGUACCUCCAUCGUUCUUCGUAGGUUCAUCCUUUUCUCCGGUGACAAAAUAUUUGCAUCAAUCCUUGCCAGAAUUGACAUUCUGGAAUCUGCUAGAAGAUCAAGAGUGUUAUUAUCUGCAAUGAGCAUAAUCCAGUAAGAGUAGAUCAGUUGCAAGUUUUGCAUGAUGACAAAAUUUGGCAUUAUACCCAACUUAAGUCCUUGUUAAUCACGUCGUAUACCUUGUUCAUGUGCAUAGUUACAAUGUAUCCUUUGUUCAUAAGAAAGAGGUACAGCCUUUGUUAAUAGUUAGAUCUGUUGAAAUUACACACUUUUAUGAUGUUGAAUAACCUUCAUGACAACCUGAUGUUAGUUCCACAAAAAUGAAGUUGAACUCUGACUAACAUUUCCUGA